CAACUGAGAGGAUAUUUAAAGCAUUAAAUUGGCUGUUCCUAUUAUGGGGGAUGAUGUAUAUAAACGGAAGAAAUUAACAAUUACGAAACAGAAGGAAUGUGUCGCCCAAAACAGAAAUGAAUUGUGCACAGGCUGGACAGAUUUACAAUAUUUUUCUAAAACAGAAAUAGGACGUAGAAAAAUAUCUUUGUCUCCAAUCUUAACCGUGUUGUUUAUCAUAUUCUUGCUUAAACGUACUACUGAAUCUUUCAAAGCACGCACAAGAAUAAAAUUAAAAACCAAAGAAACCACAAAAAAGAAGGCACCGGGUAUACUACAGUUAAAAUCAGGUUGGAUAUUUGAUAAUAUCAUUAAACCGUGGCGCUGUUUUCCUCGCAAUGUAUAUCACGCUUAUCCAUUCCUUCCUCAAGAAACCAGUUUACACUUUAAAAAUGGAAGACAAAUAUCAGCAUCCGCAAAUAUGCAAUUUGAAGGCGCACGAUUUGCUACAUUUGCUUCGUUUCCACAUGUUCCUGGCAUUUUUGCAACUAGAUUGGCAGAGGCAGGUUUUUAUUAUUCUGGAAGCGGAAACGAGGUGGUAUGUUUUAGCUGCGGUGUUAGAUACAGUAGUUGGAGACAUCAUGACUCAGCAUUCGAAAUUCACAAACGUAUAUCCCCAAACUGCCCUUUUAUAUCAGAUGAAGCAGUUAAACGCAAGGAAGGAAAUCAGAAUUUUGAUGAAAGUAUGAAUAAUAACAUUAAAGAGGAGAAAAUAUAUCCACAUACAAGUUCGGAAACAAGCUUUGGGAUUAGUUCCUCUUCACAGGAGCAAAUGCAACAUUACAAAAACAAUAAAGACGAUGGUUCUGGGACUUCGCAACUAAGUAAUCCAACAAAUAGAAUAAUAAGUGCAGAGAAUGUCGUUACCCCUGGGUUUUUAACAAGCGAUAAUCAAAGUUUGGUUGCAACUCCCAAAAUAGAAAAUAAAGUUAAAAAAUCAGAGUUAAACGCCACUGGAAAUGUAUUGAAAGAAUCAACUUCAAGAUCUGCAUUGCGGAUGGAAGGUACAUCAUCUUCAGAACUGUUAGAGAUAGGAGUGUGUCUUGAUAAAGCAAAAUAUCCAAAAUAUGGCAUUCGAUCAAAUAGAAUUGAUUCAUUUAAACACUGGCCGAGUUACCUCACACAGACUCCUGAAGAAAUGGCUACAGCAGGUUUCUUUUUCACUGGUAUUGAGGAUCACUGUCGGUGUUUUUUCUGUGGAGGAGGAUUGAGAAACUGGGAACCAGACGACAAACCGUGGACAGAACAUGCCCACUGGUAUCCGAACUGUGCUUUUGUGAGACAGAGUAAAGGACAGAAGAUUAUAGACGAAAUGCAAUCUAAUGGAUAUCAGCCAAUACUACAAGAAUCAGAGGAAUUGAAUGCAUGCCGUCGGCGACCUGAUUUAACCACGACUGGCAAGGAACAUGUUGCAAUUGAUUUCAGUAUUCAUCCUGCUGUUUUGUCUGUGUCAGAAUUUGGAUACAGUGAAUGUGUGGUAAAGAAAGCAUAUGAUUUACUUCAUACAGCAAGAACGAAAGUUAUUACUGGUACAACUUUACUUGAAGCCAUAUUCGAGAUGGAGGAAAAAACAACCAAGGAUCGGUCUAAUGAUACUCUGAAAAUAGGACAAGCAGAACAAACAGAACAAAUUGGUCGUAAUGAAAUACCAAUUGAGAAACAGGAAACCACAGUAGACCUAGAACUUGAAUUAUCAAUCAGAAGUUUGGAGGAAGAAAAUCAGAACCUGAAAGAUCAACAGACUUGUAAAAUAUGCCUCGACAAACCAAUUUCUAUUGUUUUCCUCCCAUGUGGACAUAUGGCGUCGUGCGCAAACUGCGCGCCAGCUCUAAGAAGAUGCCCUAUAUGCCGGGUGUUUAUCAAGGGAACUGUCAAAGCUAUAAUGUGUUGAUAUAUAAAGUAAUUACCAAUAAAGGGCAAUAAAGUUUAAAAUAUUUUAA